AUGGCUGCCGUGCUGUGGCAGGCGUGCUGUGGCAGUGAGAGAGACUGGGUUAGGGCGUGCUGUGGCAGUGAGAGAGACUGGUUAGGGCAUGCUGUGGCAGUGAGAGAGACUAGGUUAGGGCGUGCUGUGGCAGUGAGAGAGACUGGGUUAGGGCGUGCUGUGGCAGUGAGAGAGACUGGGUUAGGGCGUGCUGUGGCAGUGAGAGAGACUGGGUUAGGGCAUGCUGUGGCAGUGAGAGAGACUAGGUUAGGGCGUGCUGUGGCAGUGAGAGAGACUAGGUUAGGGCAUGCUGUGGCAGUGAGAGAGACUGGGUUAGGGCGUGCUGUGGCAGUGAGAGAGACUAGGUUAGGGCAUGCUGUGGCAGUGAGAGAGACUGGGUUAGGGCGUGCUGUGGCAGUGAGAGAGACUGGGUUAGGGCAUGCUGUGGCAGUGAGAGAGACUGGGUUAGGGCGUGCUGUGGCAGUGAGAGAGACUGGGUUAAGGUUAGGGCGUGCUGUGGCAGUGAGAGAGACUGGGUUAGGGCGUGCUGUGGCAGUGAGAGAGACUGGGUUAGGGCAUGCUGUGGCAGUGAGAGAGACUGGGUUAGGGCAUGCUGUGGCAGUGAGAGAGACUAGGUUAGGGCAUGCUGUGGCAGUGAGAGAGACUGGGUUAGGGCGUGCUGUGGCAGUGAGAGAGACUAGGUUAGGGCGUGCUGUGGCAGUGAGAGAGACUAGGUUAGGGCAUGCUGUGGCAGUGAGAGAGACUGGGUUAGGGCAUGCUGUGGCAGUGAGAGAGACUGGGUUAGGGCGUGCUGUGGCAGUGAGAGAGACUAGGUUAGGGCGUGCUGUGGCAGUGAGAGAGACUGGGUUAGGGCGUGCUGUGGCAGUGAGAGAGACUGGGUUAGGGCGUGCUGUGGCAGUGAGACACAGGGAGGGGGUUCAUGGACCCUUUAAGAACCAGAACUGACCUGUCCUGAUGGAGGGGCAGGACAUGCACUUCAACAGCCAAUCCGCUCCACCCGUCUCUGAUAGAAGUGACUCUGAGACUGACGAUUGGGUGUAGAAGUCCUUUGGUAUAUUCUACCAGACAUGAUUGGUCUAGAAGUCCUUUGGGAUAUUCUAGCAGACAUGAAUGGUCUAGAAGUCCUUUGGGAUAUUCUAGCAGACAUGAUUGGUCUAGAAGUCCUUUGGGAUAUUCUAGCAGACAUGAAUGGUCUAGAAGUCCUUUGGGAUAUUCUAGCAGACAUGAUUGGUCUAGAAGUCCUUUGGGAUAUUCUAGCAGACAUGAUUGGUCUAGAAGUCCUUUGGGAUAUUCUAGCAGACAUGAUUGGUCUAGAAGUCCUUUGGGAUAUUCUAGCAGACAUGAUUGGUCUAGAAGUCCUUUGGGAUAUUCUAGCAGACAUAAAGACUAUAGCGGCAGAUCUAAACUGUGAUAAGUUGUGGGAUGGAACUGUAUCAGCACUCAGAAAUCAGUUUUACACAGAGACAUCUUACCCACCGUGGAAUCAUUCACCAAUAAGUAUGUUUUGACAGAAGACCAGAUGCAGUAUAACUCUGAUCUUAGAUCCAACUAGACACACUGUAUACAGCGCCUUCAGAAAGGCUUCACACCCCUUUAUACACAUGUGUUACACCCUGAAUUUAAGAUUUGUUGUCACUGGCCUACACACAAUAAUACCCCAUAAUUUCAAGGUGAAUUUAUGUUUGUAGAAUUUUUUUAUGAAAAGCUGAAAUGUCUUGAGUCAAUAAGUAUUCAAACCCUUUAUUAUGGCGAACCUACAUAAGUUCAGGAAUAAAAAUGUGCUUAAAAAGUUG